CCGAGCAGGCAGCACCACCGGGCUGCUCACAGGGGAUUCGUGCUUCCUUUUGCUUCCGUCUGAGCCUCUCUGUUUACCAGCCUCAUAAAGCCGGCUCUGUGCCACCAGCUCCGGGCUGCACCUUCUCCCCGGAGCCCAGCCCAUCCCAAACAUGCAAAGCUUGUCCAGAAGCCUCCUGCCAGCUUUGUCCGCUCAAAGUCACCUUGUCCCAAACCAGCUCCACACUCCAGGCUCGCUCGACAAUCAUUAAUCGGCUUCUCCGCAUUCCCGGCAUGGAAAAAUGCCCCAGCGGGUAACCCUGUCCUGGCAUUUCGACAUGCCGCUGGCUGGCAAGCUGGUCCUCUCCGCUCUGCUCCUCCUGACGCUGGCGUACAGGUUCUAUAAGUCCCGUUUGAAUGCUGGGGGUAAAAUCCCACGGGCCAAUGAAGAGCACAGGGAAAAUGCUGCCCGGGAUCUGGAUGGGGAUGGGGAUGAUGUGGUGGGACUGCGGCGGAGGAGGGUGUUGGGUGAGGAGGUGAGGAGGGGUGGUGGGGAUGCACAUGUGAGUGGCACUGGGACACUGAUCACACCUCUCCAGUGGGACUGGAGUCUGCCGAAGGGUGAGGAGGAAGAGGAGAUUGUUUCUGAACUGGGGCUGACUGGCAAGAAAGUGGGAAUGGGCAGGAGGGCAGGUGAGCUGGGCAGUGAGACAGGAAUUGAGCUUGGAAGUGAUCUCGGAAGUGAGCUGGCAAGGAAACUAGGAAGUGAGGCAGGAAACAAACUGGGAAGUGAGGUGGAAAGUGAGUCAGGAAAUGAGCUGGGGAGUGAGCUGAGCUGUUAUGAGUCUGGGGAUGCAGCUGAAACCCUGAGCAGCUCUGGGGAGAAGGACACGCUUGCUCCCAGCACAGGGCUCUCCCCCAGGGCUGAUGAUGAUGAUGCCCAAAGCGUGGAGCAGGAUUUGGCCAGCAGAGGCAUGAGCCAGGAGGGUGAGGAGCAUGGGGGGAUGAUCCAGACCCUCAGCAUCACCUCAGACCUGGCACUAACGAUGACAACGAGCAGCAUAGGGGCAGAGACCUCCUACUCUUUCUCCUCGGUUGCGAAGAUCCAGGUAGAGGAGGGGUUCAUCACUGAGCAGCGGGAGAAGGAUGGGGCUGGGCAACCAGGCCCUGGCCUAAAAGGCAAAGUCUAUGACUACUACGCGCAGUCCAUCUCCCAGUCAGUGUCAAAGAAGAGGUCUUCUCCCUACAUCCCUCUGGGAACAUCCCAGUGCCGCAGCUCGGAGCAGGUCAAUGAAAAUAUACAGCAGCCAGACCCAACUUUGGCGAUGCGGGAUCCCACCAUCUCAUCCAUAGCUCCGGCAUCUACCGGGAGCUUGGAGCCCUCUCCUGAGCCACCAUCUCCUGGCCGCAAGAACAGCAUCCUCCACAUAGCAGAGAGUCCCCACCUCCAGCUGCCCAUGGAGGGGUUUGGGGUCACAGCACCAGUUGACACACGGUCUGCAAGCCCCUGCCCAGGGCUUGUGGCCAGUGCUGACCAAAUACCACCAUCCACCGACCUGGACCUGGGGAACUGCUACGAGGUUCUCUGCACAGCCAAGGCACAGAAGCUCCAGCACCUCCAGGAAGCUGCCUACAAGGUGAUGAGUGACAACUACCUGCAGGUGCUGAGGACACCAUCCAUCUACGGCCGUCUCAACGCCGGCGAGCGGGACCUCAUCCUGCGGCAAAGGAUGAAGGGCAAGAUGCACGUGGUCGUGGCAGAUGUCAGCCUGCAGGAGCCCGGCCUCCACACCAGCCGUCUCUGCUGCUAUGAUGAUGGAGGGGACUGCUGGCAUCACCUCUGCCACAUGCCACCAGAGGUGGUCUCGCAGGGGUGUGCUAUGUGCAGCAUGUUCAACUACAUCUUCGUGGUGGCCGGCUGCAAGGGCAUGGGCCGGAUGCAGAGACCUUCCAACCGUGUCUUCUGCUAUGACCCCCUGACCAACAUCUGGAGGGAGAUCUGCCCCUUGAACCAAGCACGGCCGCACUGCAAGCUCGUGGCCUUGGAUGGCCACCUCUAUGCCAUUGGUGGUGAAUGUCUCUACACAGUAGAGCGUUAUGACCCCCGGCAGGACCGCUGGACCUUCACCGCACCCCUUCCCCAUGAUACCUUUGCUGUGGCCCACACGGCCACAGUGUGUGAUGGGGAGAUCUACGUGACAGGAGGCACCUUGCGCUAUGUGCUGCUGCGAUACACUGCCCGCUCGGACAGCUGGAAGGUCAGCCCGGCCAGCGGUGGCAAGAACAGGACAGCCGAGAUGGUGAGCACCAAUGGCUUCAUCUACCGCUUUGACCUCCACCCUGGCACAGGCAUUGGUGUCUACCGCUGCAGUGCCAAGGCCAAGCUAUGGUAUGAAUGUGCCACCUACACCAUGGCCAACCCUGGUGGCUUCCAGUGCGCUGUAGUGGGCAGCUUGGUUCACUGUGUUGGACGGCACUUCCACAUACGCUUCUUAGCUGACCUUAUCUCUCCACGCUUUGGGACCAAGGAGCUGCAGCCCUUCCCAUCGCCCCAUGGCAGCCUCCUCCCAGUUGUCCUGAUGCUGCCAGAAGGAGGGGUGCCACAAACACAGGUUUGAGGGAUCCAUGCAGCAGUGGUGGUGGCUUAGGCAUGAUAUGAUGGUGAAAGAUGGUAGAAGAAGCCAGCAGCCCACACUGGACCACGUAGCAUGGGACCAACACUACCAGGGCAAUGUUACCCACACGUAACACCAAGCAGGCAUCCUUCCAGGCCCUGUAAGCAAGCAGACACUGCCCUUGGAUACUGCCAGUAAACCCAACCUUGAAGACACAAAGAAGAACAAAGUUGGAGCUGGGUGGACUUGUUUGCUUAGAGGUAUUUAAACAUAGGUGUGCUUGCUUGGAUGCAAAUAAGCCACAGCUUGCUGCAGGCUCCCAGGUGUGCACUGCCUGGGUGGGUGCAUAUUGACGUGGACACACAACACGCAGGGGAUUUUAUGGUGGAGGAAUGUAUCAGGGAGGUUUGAUCACUAAGGAGGUAUCACACCAUCGGCAUGGAGCCUUUAGGAGCCUUUAGGCUUGACUGUAAACAUCACCCCAGGGCUGGCAGCUGGGGUGCCCUGCUCCUACCAGUGCCUUGUUAUCUGUUACAUAGAA